ACCAGAAUGGCUGAAGAGACGGCUCCAGAUACACCAACAGACACAGAGUCUGUAAGGUUUACUAGUACACCUUUAUCAUGUGACUCAAAACCAAAUGUCGCUGAGAUGUUCAAAAAGAUGGGAGAUCAGUUGGGAUGGUUCCAAUACAAUAACUUAGAAACAGCACUGAGGACGUUGUCCAAGAGUAGCAAAAAACGAUCAACAAAAUCCAGAGCUGGUAAAGUGGCUCAUGGUUCUGUUAAAGAAAAGGAGUCAAAGAAUACCAACAGAUCCAAAGAAAAGCACUUGUUACAUCAAGAUAAAGAAAUACACAAGCUUUCCUUUAACACAUCACCACUACAGGAGAAACAAAUACUUUACAGUUAUGAAGACUUGAUAGAACCAGUCUUACCUAGGAAAUCCAAAGCUUGCACUGAUUUAACUAAGGAAUGGAAAGAAUCAAAGAAAAGUCUGAAGAAGACAACUCGCAUAUCCAUAAUUCCAGCAGCAGAUACAGAAAAUAUAUCACCAGGUUUGGCUGUAAACAGUGACAGAAGGUACUCCAUUUCAACUGCUGAAGUUGGAAACCCCAUUCAAGAAUCUACAAGAAUUCAUAGCAGAGAAAGCAUUGACAAGCUAUUAGACUUGUCCAAUAGUUCCAACCUUUCAAAGAAAGAGAGUUCAAAAAAUGAAAGUACAAGACAAAAUGUAACUGAUGAAGAUUCUUAUAGACACCUUAAUAUAAUGAAAAAUCAUAAACAAUCAAAUUUUCCCGAGGAUGAUCAGACAAAUUCCAUAAGUGUGAUGCAGAUUAACAGAUCAAGACAUGAGGAAACACAGUUUUACACUACAGCACAGUGUGAGGUUUUGGAGCCUGCUUUUCAGACUGUGAUGGAAGACUUUGUUGAUAUCUCCAAUGAUGAUGUUCCAGAGAAGCCAGUCCAGGCAUUAGAAGAUUUACAGAACAUUUCUGAUAGAUCUGUCAAGGGUCCAGAAAGGACCGAUAACUCUUCCUACAUAGAGAUAGAGGAUGCUUCAGCGCAGGCAGAUGUCAGAGAAAUAAAUUAUUUAUCUGAUUCCAAAUCUCAAAAACUUGAAGGAGAUGAUUCUAUAUCCCCUCAGAGCGAUGAUUCAAUCCGGAAAAGCAAUGAUAGUUCUGGAAUAUAUCCUGUUUGUGAACAGAUUGUUAAAGUUACUGAUGUUGAAACUGAAGAAGUAAUGAAUCAUGUAGAAGAAAGUACUGAUUCCUCCUAUGUUGAAAUAGAAGAUGUCUCCUUACAGACCAGUGCAGUUGUUCAUAGCCAGAAAAACUUUGAUGAAGAUACAGCAUCAGGUUCUUCAUACGUGGAGGUAGAGGAGAGAUCAUUCCAAACAAGUUUCAUCAAAGUUUCACAAAAAGGUAGCCAAGGAAACACAAUUUCUCCUGAGAAAGCCACCCAAAACCUCAAUAAAAUUCAAAAUGCAGGGAGAGAGGGGAACAGAUAUUUUAAAACAGAACAGAAUUUGUCCUCCCAAGAGGAAAAUUUUAUGGAAAGUUCAGUGACGUGUAAAAGUAAGGAAGAAAGUGGAAUUAUUGGACAUACUAACUUCAGUAGUGAUGAAGAAAGCUCUAGUGAUUGCCUCUUUACAAAGAAAGUUGUCCCAAAAGCACCAGGUUUCACAAGCUUGAGAAUAACUCAAGAGGAUGAAAAAGGCAUGGUGGAUAAUAGGACUGAAGAUGUAAAUGGAGAAAAGGAAUGUAAUGUAGAAAGUUCAUCAGACUUUGAUGAUUUUUUACCAGACAUUAAUCAAAGAAUAAAACACACACAAGACAAAGCAGGAAACAGUGCAAAUAAAGUGAAAACAGCUAAAUAUGUAGACAUUUCCUCUGACUCGGACAGUGAUUUACCAGAUGUUAAGGGGGCAGGGUUACAAUGGGAUGAGGGAAUUCUGUCGUCUGAUUCUGAUGAUUUUCUUUCUGAUAGAGGCUUUUCUGUUAAAAAAAACAAAGUAUCCAGCAAAACUGGUCAACAACAACCUAGCACUGUCCACUGGAGGACUCCAAAGCACUACAAGAGUGAUUCUAGUGAUGAAGAGGAGGAGUUAGAAUCAUUUUUCCAAAAGAUGAAAGCUCCCAAGAAAGUGUCAUCAAAGGAAACUCCCAAAAAGAACAGAAGCUUUGACCAGUUUAUUGUGGACGAUGAUGAGAUGAGCAGCAGUGACAAUGAUGAAGAUUUCUACAUCAGCACGAGUAACAUCCUCACCACUCCACACAGGGUACACAGGAAAGUGGAACCAAUCUUGCUGGAUAACAGUGAUGAUGACAACAUCUUCAAAUCUGACGUUAAGCCCAUCAUAAGGAAACCAAGGCAGAAAAUCCAGAAGAAGCCAAUGUCAAGCACGGAGAGAGAUGAAGUGUGGGAGGACAAGCAGGAACCCAAGUAUAACUUCCUUAAGUCUCUGUCGAUGGGCACUCCAGAGAAUCGGUGUGAUAGAGAGGCUCUCAGGUACUCUAAGAAUUUCAAAAAGAUGAAAGAGGACUUAACCAACAGACUGUAUAAAUUAUACAAUGAGACUGUUUUUGAAAAAAAGCUUCCAGAGGAUCUGCCAAUAUUGUGGAACAAUCGCCUCUUGAAGACGGCUGGGUAUUGUGUGUACAAGAAGAAUGCCAAGGUUCGAGACAGCAGCUCAGUCCGAGUCGAGCUCUCCACCAAAGUCUGUGACUCACCAGAGAGGGUGAGGGACACCUUGAUCCAUGAACUCUGUCAUGCUGCUGUUUGGCUGCUUCACGGCAAAAAUGAUGGCCAUGGUCCCUACUGGAGAAUAUGGGCCAAAAAGGCUAAUUUGACUCAUCCUGAAAUUCCUAUCAUUGCCCGUUGCCAUAGUUACAGCAUUGCUACCAAGUACACGUAUCAGUGUAGUAAAUGUGGAUACAGUAUUGGUCGACACUCAAAAUCACUGGACACUUCAAGAAAGGUGUGUGGAUUCUGUCACGGACAAUUUGUCCUGAUAAACAACCGACAGACGUCCCAGGGGUCAGGCUCUACCCCUGCAACACCCAGGACCCCCAACAAGUUUGCUAUGUACGUCAAAGAAAACUAUGGAACCAUGAAGGAAAGGGAGAAAGACCUCAAGCAUGGGGAAAUUAUGAAACUUUUAGGGAAGGCAUUUACUGAAAGCAACAAAAUCUGCUAAUGAGCCCGAGAAUGACAUCAGCAUAUGCUGGAGAGAGAGAUUACUGAAAAAUGGAAAUCACUCUCCAGUGUGGCAAAGGUUUACUGUAGAAAACAAUAUUAGUCUAUACUAAAUUAGAUCUCUGUCAGGUGCUUGUCUUGUUUUUUGACAAAUGAAAUUUUAAGUACUGUCUGUUGGCAAAACAGUUGUAAGGGACCAUGUUUACAUACACAUUUGUUAGAGACAAGAUGAAUCUGUCCCCUUAUGUUGAUUGUAUUAUCAUGCUGGAAUGUAUCUGUUUGUUACACUGGAAAAUUUAAAAUAAUUUCUGGAAGGUAAAUUGUCAUUUUCUGACGUUAGAAUAAAACAAUG